CACAACCCGAAACUCUGAAAUCAUUUGCUCCAAAAUUAGGAGCGCCCCAUCAUCCUUCGAUAGAGAACGUCGAACGGCGGUUAUCUCAACUUCGGUAUCCUCAACUUGAGAAUCUGGAUGAUGAUUCUUCUUGACAUGGCGGUGUUACCCCAACUAGGGGCUCCAAACAACAGGUAUUCUCAACUAACUUAGAGAAUCCGAACUUGACAAUUUUUCUAUGAUCAUCUCCGCUAGAGAGUGUGAUGAUAGUGAACUUUGACAAUGAUAUAUUACCCUAGCUAGAAGUUCUGAACAGCAGUUAUCUCAACUAGAGACCUCUGAACAAUGAAUAUUCUCAUGGCUGGCUCCUCUUGGUCAUGAGAACUCAGUGAUGUCUUCUUGACUCUUUUGGUCAUGGCAUACUAUGUACGGAGUAGGUGCCUCCAUCGUCAGAGAGGACUUCUGAUUGCCUCAUCUUGAGGACAUGCAUUCAAGGUCUUCCGGUGCCUAUGCUGAGGACUUUCCACUACCCACAGAACGAACCUCUACACUUGAGAAAGAGAGGAUAGCAUGUUUGGUAGUGGUAUAGAACAGAUAGCAAUAAGGGUCUCAUAACCUGUUGAACGUUGGUUGAAGGUGUGUAAUCAUCUAUCUAUGGGUGGGUCACGUGGGUUAGGGCUUGUAGGAAACCUCAGGAAUUCUUGUGGCUGAACAAGAAGCGCUUGCCACGCCGAAUGUUUUUCCGGCCGGAAAUGUGAAUCAAUAUAAGGAUUUAAACCGCCGUCGAAUUCAACACUGCACCCAAUUCACUCAACCAUCCCCAUCCCGUUCCUUUAUCUUCCACACUUGUCGCUUUCACUCCUUUGACAUUUCCCACUCACUGAAUCCCAACAACGCAAAAAUACAAACAAACACACAACCGCAGCAAUGUUCAUCACAAGAGGCUUCUCCCUCACCAACUUCGUCAUCGGAUCCUCUGCUCUCUGUUUCCAAGUCUUCGUUCUCUACCCAUGGCACAACAAGCUCGAGAAGGACUUCGACGACCUUAGAGCCGCCCAUCUCGCCAUGAUGAAACAAAGUGAAGAAAACCGCACCGCAGAACUGAAAGCCAUCAAUGAGCGGCUGAGCAAUAUUAAGCAAUCCCGCGGAUGGUUCUGGUAGAUUUAACGAACCAACGAUGGCUUUUUAUCCCUACAGCCCUGGUCGAUCGACUUGCUCAACUCGACACACCACCACUGCCACCCCACCACCCCACCACCCCCACCGCCAGCCCUUCACCCCCUCUUUUCCUCUGCAUUGAAAACCUGCUAGGGAAGGAGAUUGUCCCAAAUCAAUCAACCCCAUUUGGCUCAUGAGUGCACGCGAGAGCUGCUCUCAAUGGCAAUCCCCGAUCUUCCCAUCGCCGCGUCGGCAUUCUUUUACACGAUAUCGAUUCGUCCGCUAUUCCCCGUGAGGGAUUACAUUACCCACAUACAAAGACGUCCCGGCAGAUGCCGGCAAAUGCAUAUGCUGCUGCCAUCCUUCCUGGAAUGCCCUUUGAUGAUCAUCUCUCUGCUAUCAUUUUCUGCAUUUUCUAUGCAAGCAAUCGGGUUUUGGAUAUAUUGAUUUUUACCUUCUCUUUCUUCUCUGUUUCCCCCCCCUUUCUUUGCAACGGCAACAUCCUUCACAGGCCAAUUGUUUCUUGAUUAGAUAGACAAGGUAGCUAGAGCCAUGUAGAUCGCUGCGCCAUGAUCCCCAUGACAACUUUGAUAGAUGUGCAAUUGAAGUAUAUGAGUUUCAACAGAAAUAAUUUUCGCUCUCCCUCCACUUCGUAACAUUUUUCCCCAUUCAAUUCAUUGACCUAGCGUCCAGCCUGAAUUUCACGUCAAAAUAGCACAUCGUCAUUGUGGAUUUCAAAACCCCGUGUGCUUGGCACGUGCUCUCAUCCGUCAGUUGCUGUGGCAACCUAAGGUUUGCGGAACGAUAACGUUGCUGUGGCUCGUUCGAAAACCCGUUCCUCAUGACGUCACGUC